AUGAAACAUUUGCUACCUUCCAGCGCCAAGGCCCAUGCGACGGUGAUGCGGCACGAGAUGGUGCUGGCCAACCAGCUGGAGCACGCCGCCGACCUGGCGGUGUGGCUGGAGCAGAAGCAGGAGAUCGCGGACAUCCGGCGCUCGCUCUACCUGGACGAGGUGCGCGGCCGCGCCACCGAGGUCGUCGAGCGCGCGGAGCGCGUCGCGCAGAUCAAGCGCGAGGAGAAGCUCUACAUGGCCUACAGGCUGGAGGCGAACCAGGAGGCCGCGGAGGCGAACCGCGAGGACGCGCUGGAGGCGACCAAGCAGCGCGCGCGCGCCGUGUCGGAGCGGUGCGAGCUGGUGCUGAGUGCGCAGAAGAUGAAGAAGGAGGCGCUCGCGCACAGCAUCGAGGCCAAGCUGGAGGCCGCCGAGGCGCAGCGACAGGCCAUCCUGGAGUCCCGCCGCAGCAGCGGGGCCAGCACGCCGCGCGACCGGCUGCAGGUGGUGGAGGCGUCGUCCCAGAUGAAGGCGCUCGACCUGGCCGCCAAGAUUGAGCAGGCGCAGGAGGCCGCCGAGGCCAAGCGCCUCGAGGUGCUCAGCGAGACCAAGAAGAAGGCGGCCUCCGUCAUCAAGCGCCACAGGAACGUGGUCGCCGCGCAAAAGGCCAACGACGAGAAUGCGCGCUCGCACCUGGCGCAGAAGCUCGAGUCGCGGCUGACCGUCGCGUCCGAGCGCCGCGAGGCGCUCGCGCGCACGCGCCGCUUCUCCAACAGCCGCACGCCCACGAAGAACAGCCCCCUGGCGGCGAGCCCCCUGAAGCCGAUCAAAUUCACGAUCCCAGUGAACGAGACCGACGAGAACAGCAAGGAGAACGGGUACUUCGUGAACUUUUCCGGCAAGGGGGGGAUGAACGGAAAGGCGAACGGGGUCGUGGCCAGCCCCGAGAGGAAGAACGUGCUGAGCCCCAGCAAGAACGUGGGCGCCCAAGAGAGGGCCAACGGCCACGUCAUCCGCGCGGCGUGA